AAACAAGAUGGCAGUGUUUGGUAUGGUCUCAGCCGUUUCAGGCUUUGUAAAAAUUCGAUAUCUAUUGGAUAAGGCGGUCAUCGAUAAUAUGGUGUUUCGUUGCCAUUAUCGGAUAACAACGGCCAUAUUAUUUGUGUGCUGUAUUAUUGUGACGGCCAAUAAUUUGAUCGGUGAUCCCAUCUCAUGCAUCAAUGAUGGUUCCAUACCGAUGCAUGUCAUCAAUACCUUCUGCUGGAUUACCUACACGUUUACUAUACCGGGUCAACAGCAUAGGCAAAUUGGUACAGAUGUGGCGGCCCAUGGUCUGGGUAAUGAAUUUGGUCAGGAGAAACGAUAUCAUAGCUAUUAUCAGUGGGUGCCGUUUGUGCUGUUCUUCCAGGGCCUCAUGUUCUAUGUCCCCCAUUGGAUUUGGAAGAACAUGGAAGAUGGCAAAAUGCGCAUGAUCACCGAUGGACUGCGUGGCAUGGUCUCCAUACCCGAGGAUUAUCGCAAAGAUCGCCAAAAUCGCAUUAUCAAAUAUCUAAUGGAAAGCUUGAAUUCCCAUGCCGGCUAUUCGUUCGCCUAUUUCUUCUGUGAGGCUUUGAAUUUUGUCAAUGUCAUUGUGAACAUCUUUUUGGUGGAUAAGUUCUUGGGCGGCGCCUUUAUGACCUAUGGCACAGAUGUCAUUAAAUUCUCGAAUAUGGAUCAGGAUAAACGUUUCGAUCCAAUGAUUGAAGUCUUCCCACGUCUCACCAAAUGUACAUUCCACAAAUUCGGCCCUGGUGGUUCACCACAGAGACACGACACUUUGUGCGUGUUGGCUUUGAAUAUUUUGAAUGAAAAGAUUUACAUUUUCUUGUGGUUCUGGUUUAUCAUUUUGUCGGUUAUCACUGGCGUUGCUUUGAUUUACUCCUUUAUGGUUGUUACUAUGCCCACCACACGUGAAACCAUUAUCAAGCGCUCAUAUCGUUCCGGUCAGGGCAAGGAAAUCUCCAGUCUGGUUAGACGUUUGGAUAUUGGUGACUUUUUGUUGUUGCAUUUUGUUGGACAAAAUGUCAAUACGAAAUCCUAUUCGGAAAUGGUACAAGAAUUAUGUAAUCUCUUGGGUACAUCAAGGACCCCAUCGGCACCCUCAACAUUGGAGAUGCAUCCAAUUUAUCCACAAGUUGAUAGUUUUGGCAAGGAAACUGAAACAUAAAU